CACAACCCAUAGUUUCAACUCCAAUGAAGAAGACGGACACAUUGGAGUCUCCCAAGGGCAACCAAGAUUUUAUGGCACACACUUUAGUCCUAAGAAGUGACAACUGGAAUACAGCACUAAUUCCACGUAGACCUGCUCUUGUUCAAGUCAUUUUAAUUGCAUGUAUAGCCUUCGGCAUUGCUGUGAUAUGUGGGAUUGCAAUCUCCUAUGCAAUAUAUAGACUAGUAAAAGCGGAGGAAAGCCGACAACUUGCAUUGCUUUAUGAAAACGUCAAGAUAUCAUUCUUAGGAGAGGAAGAGGAGGGCCCUGAGGAUGACUAUCGCCAUGGGGAGUCCACUCGCCUGCUUCCAGAGAACGAGAAGAAACUGGGGACGUUCAUUCAUUCAGUAAUCAGGGCCAAAAGAAAGGAAAAUAUUGAGAAGAAGAAAUUGAGGGAAGAGCAAAAUGCAUUGAAAGACUAUAAAGCGAGGAAGGCCAUGCACAGCUCGAGGAUGGGAGGUUUCUGA